AUGUCUCUCCCUAAGCGAGAGGUGGAGGAGUUGAGACCAUGGGUGGAACGCACUGUGAAGAAGGUGCUCGGUUUUUCUGAGCCCACUGUUGUUACUGCAGCUUUACACUGUGUUGGAAAAGGACUGGAUAAAAGAAAGACAACAGAUCAGUUGCGUCCUUUCCUGGAUGACUCUGCUGGAGGUUUUGUCGAGCGCCUUUUUGAGGCGUUGGAGGAGAGCCGCAGUUCCCGUGGCAAAGGAGACAAAAGCCGCAAGAGAGACAUUAAGGAUGUUUUUGCUGAAGAAAGUGAGACCGGUGCAGUGCAUGAAAAUUCGGAUGCAGGAGAUGGAACGGCACCAAAACGCAAGAGGGCCCAUCGUUUUGAGGAGGUGGUGGAGCCUGAGGUCAUACCUGGACCUCCAUCUGAGAGCCCCGGCAUGCUAACCAAAAUGCAGAUCAAACAAAUGAUGGAGGCUGCUACGAAGCAGAUCGAAGAGAGAAAGAAACAACUCAGUUUCACUCCUUCGGUUCCUUCCUCACGGUUACCACUCCCUACAGUGCAGUCACAGCUGGAUCAAAUGUCUCGGCUUCUUGGUGCCUCCGCUGGUGGAGGCGUUGGCUCCACCUUGGCCCCCUCCCAGGCUGCCAGCUUCAUGAACGACGCCAUCGAGAAGGCCCGUAAGGCUGCUGAGCUACAAGCCCGCAUCCAGGCCCAACUGGCCAUGAAACCAGGGAUCCUUGGAGCCAUAGGGAACACUGGACCUCACAACGUUGUAGCAUUAGCAAAUUUACACGCCAUGGGAAUCGCUCCACCAAAAGUGGAGGUCAAGGAGGUCAACAAGCCCACUCCUCUGAUUCUGGAUGAGAAAGGAAGAACAGUGGACGCUUCAGGCAAAGAGGUCGAACUCACACAUCGCAUGCCCACGCUCAAAGCUAACAUUCGGGCGGUAAAGAGAGAACAGUUUCGACAGCAGCUGAAAGAGAAGCCCGGGGAGGAGUUGGAGUCCACGUCCUACUUUGACCAGCGUGUGCUCGUACCACCGUCACAACGCCCUCGCAAGACCUUUAAAUUCCAUGACCAGGGACGGUUUGAGAAGAUUGCUCAGAGAAUAAGAACUAAGGCCCAGUUAGAGAUGUUGCAGAAUGAGAUCGCACAGGCAGCAAAGAAGACGGGAAUCCAGGCGUCCACCAAGUUAGCGCUGAUUGCCCCUAGGAAGGAGAUCGGGGAAGGGGAGGUGCCCCACAUUGAGUGGUGGGACUCUUACAUCCUGCCAUCAAACAUUGACAUAAAUGCAGACACAAAAUUUGAAGAGUUGGAAUUGUUCGGUGUGACCAACCUGGUGGAACAUCCUGCUCAAAUCAACCCUCCUGUUGACACAGAUAAGCCAGUCACGCUGGGUGUGUACCUGACAAAGAAGGAACAGAAGAAACUGAGAAGGCAGACUCGGAGGGAGGGCCAAAAAGAACUACAGGAGAAGGUCCGCCUCGGACUGAUGCCCCCACCAGAACCCAAAGUACGCAUCUCCAACUUGAUGAGAGUGUUGGGUACGGAAGCAGUCCAGGAUCCAACAAAAGUGGAAGCCCACGUCAAAGCACAGAUGGCCAAGAGACAGAAAGCACACGAAGAAGCAAACGCUGCUCGAAAACUCACAGCAGAGCAGAGGAAAGAGAAGAAGGUGAAGAAAUUAAAAGAAGACAUCAGUGAUGGGGUUCACAUUGCCGUCUACAGAAUCCGGAAUCUGCAAAAUCCUGCUAAGAAGUUUAAAGUGGAGGCCAACGCCAGCCAGCUGUACCUGACAGGCACCGUAGUUUUGCACAGAGACGUCAACCUAGUAGUCGUCGAGGGAGGUCCCAAAUCCCAGAAAAAGUUUAAGAGAUUGAUGAUGCACAGGAUCAAAUGGGUGGAACACAGCAGUAAAAGAGAUGAUACAGAUGCUGACAAUGAUACAAAGAGAAACAACAAGUGUUGGUUGAUUUGGGAGGGUACGGCCAAAGAGCGAAGUUUCGGAGACAUGAAGUUCAAGCAGUGUCCCACGGAGAGCAUGGCCAGAGACCACUUUAAGAAACACGGCACAGAGCACUACUGGGACCUGGCUCUCAGCCACAGUGUGUUGGAAACUGCAGACGACUGAAACCCGCAGCACACUUUAUUUUCUAUAAUCAUCAUGCCUUCAGACCAAUAACCUCAGAAGCAGACGAGCAUCAUUGCUGACAAGCUGCAUUCAAGCCACCCAAGAGUAUAAACCCAAAUUCAGAGACACGAGCAUAUGUACAGUACAGGAAGGGUGGACAGUAAAAGUGUGUAUUUCUGAGUGUCACGACGGUGUGUGUGUGCUUGCUCUGUUUUCUGACCCGUUCACUGUACACUCCUACUUAAGAUAUUAUCUAUAAUAGAUAAUAGUAUGUUAAUCACCUGACUUUACAAUGAGAGGGGAACCGCCGUCAGAAUACAUCAGACAUGAACCCCUGUGAUGAAAUCCCUUGAGUACACA